UUUUAAGGAUGGUAUAUUAACGGAACCUCUUGAAAGAAUCUAAAGAAAUGUUAGGAAUGUGAAGAAACCGAGCUGAGAUGAAUCAGAAACAGGCUGUUCUACUGCCUCUGAAGCAGAUAAAAGUACCGUUGGAGCUAGGAUGGAAACGGAAGCUGGUUGAAGAGUCCGGCAUGGUUAACUCGGUAAUACACUACAUUAGCCCCCAUGACAACAAAACCUUCUCUAACAAGAAACAGAUAAAAGAGUACCUGGAGUCACGUGGAGAUGACAUGUCCACCCUCUCCCCCGACUGGUUUGUGUUCUCUGCCGCUGCAAUACUGGAAAAGGAGCUGGAGUAUGAGACUCAAGGCGGAGAGAAGAAGCUCCUGAACCGAGUAGCCAGCGCGGCACUGGAUGUGAUCUGUUCCCGGUCCUGUCCGGGGAGGGGGGGUACUCGUCCCUCGCUCUCCUGCUCCAUGUGCCUCACUUACUAUCACCACAAGUGUGUGCAGAUACCUGAGGAGAGUGACGACUACUUGUGCCAGGCGUGCACGCAGACCACUCACCUGCAACAGAAAACUAAGAGGAGACACCUGGAGUCCCCUGCUUUCACCUCCAUCCCUGAUAAACCUGUUCUUAUUGUACUCUCCUGUUUAGAGGACACUAAGGACCUUAUCAAUGCUGGCCUGGUUUGCAAGCAGUGGAGGAGGGUUAGUAAGACUCCCUUCCUCUGGAAACGAGGUGCUUUGUCGAACGUAACUUUAACAGAUAACUGGUCUACCUUCAAAUCUCAGUUUGAGUUUCUCGUUAAACUUGAUUCCAGAGGAAUGGGGUUCAGCACACACAUGAACAAGGUAUGGGAAUCUCUAGGACCAGUCCUUGGCUCGAUUCCAACUCUUAAGUUCAUAACCCUGGGUUCAGUGACUGCUCCUGUUAUCUCCGUUCUCCUCAAUAACAUCAAGGGAAUCAAACACUUCGAGGCUCAGUACAUAAUCCACGACUCCACGCGGCGCUACAACGACAACAAGCAGGUGAGUGAAGUGGAAGUGGAACCGUGUUCCUCCCAACCCCACCUCCGCCACCUCUCCCUCUGUAGUCCCACUCUGCUGAAACUACCCGCUCAGUCUGAUCUCAAGUUGCUCAGGAAGUUACAGAGGUUACAGAACUUGUCCAUUACCAGCUUCGUACCGGGAAGUCUGGAUAAGGCGGGCCUAGGAUUCAUAUCUCAUCUGAGGAACUUGUCUGCCCUGCAGCUGGGUUCCUGUUCUAACUGGGCCGCUGAUCAAUACAGUGUCCUCAGCAACCUUACCAACCUCAAACAUCUCAGACUAGAGAGUGGUCCCUCAGAACCUACAGUAGGACUGAGCUCAGCCCUGGUGAAGCUCCACCAGUUAAUACAGCUAGAACUGAUAGCCUUCCCUCUCCACGCUACUCUAAACGACGCCAUCACACAGCUCCCCAAACUCAACCUCCUGAAUCUGGCUCCAGCAGCCAGCAACAACGAGCAGUUAGCUAGAAUGAACCAGAUCCUGUUAACAGUUAUGAGGUCAGGUAACAUCUGGUGCGGGGAGUGGGGAGCCGUUAUCUCCGUUAACAAGACUUGUCACACUAACACCCUGGUGAUACCGGUACUGCGGGCUUUUGUAGCUGACAGCGUGCUUUACAAGGCAGCAUCUAGACGAGGUCAAGGAGACAUCCUGAUGAUUAAUGUGGCGGAAGCUAAACAACUCUUGGCUGAAUUUCUCCCUGAAAAGGGGGUGUGUGGGGUGUACACGCUAUCUAAAAACACUUCUCAUUGGAUCAAGAUGUGUCACUGAACUAAUCUGAUGAGGUACAAGUUCGUUUUGGUAUUGAGAUCUGACAGUUGUUCCGGAUUUAAACCAUUGUCUCCGAUACCGUAAGACCGGGAUUCGACCCCCCCCCCCCCCUCCACUGUCUCCGAUCGUUUUGGUAGAUAAGAGUGCCGUCUUGGUGGUGGUGUCCGAUAUUUCUACCUAUCCUGGCAUCCUGUGGACCACGUCAAAGAAUUGUCAGAUCAGUUCUACUGAGCGGCCUGUCUUGACCCCCCUCUAAUGACUAGAUCGUGGAUUGAACACCGAUUAAAUAAUUAAUUUUAUGAUUAAUUAUAUUUAUAGACAUUGCUCCGAUAGCUCAAUAUGUGGCUGAAUACUGCUGACUAAUAUGAAAAUCGGCUGAUUCUUUUUUUUUUGCAAUUUCGAAAUCAAUUUCUCAAACUGUACAGAUUAUGCAGGGAUAAUUGUCCUACUUUGUCCUUUUUUCUUUGAGCCUUAUUCUUGUAUAAUUUAUAUGAUUAUAUUUUGAGUAAACAUUGUCUGGUUCUACGAGCCAGUCCCCAAUCAAUCGUGUGUACUUAUUGGACGCAGGUUUUAGUUUC